GUGACACGGUCACAGUGGGUACUGUAGCAGUCAGCCUCAUGUCCCGUCUGUGAAGCAGUGUGAGAGUGUCAGUAGAUGAUCAGCAGAGGAAAGUGAGAGCUGCUGUGAGCUGAUGUCCUGAAGGGCUUUUAAAGAGUCUCUGAGUUUGACAGGAACAUGAAGAUGUUUGUGGUGUUUGUGAUCCUCCUGCACGUUUCCCAGCAUGCCCUGGCUAUGUUGGUGGAGGUGAAUGAGGGGGAAAGAUCUGUCCUGCUGUCCUGUCAGCACUCAGAUUUUAUACCUGAUGACCUCACAGUCAUGUGGACUCGCAAUGAUCUUCAUCCCAAAUCUGUCCACCUACGACGAGAAGAAGGAGAUGACGUUACAGGACAAAACCAGCGUUACAGCGGGCGCACAUCGAUGAGGUCUGAUGCUCUGGAAACUUCAGACUUCAGUCUCACUCUGAGAAAACCACAACUGACUGACAGCGGCAGCUACACCUGCUCCAUCGGUAAUGGGAGAGAAGAACUGAGACUAAAGGACAUAUGGCUGAAGGUCAAAGACCAGCAAGUGGAGGUAAAGGUGGAGGAAGGCUCAGACUCUGUCAUCCUGCCCUGCAAAACAAACCCUGACCUGCCUGAGGACACCAGAGUGGAGUGGGCUCACUCUGACCGAGAACUCAUGAUGGUCCACGUGUAUGCAAACAGAAGUGACCACCUUAAGAACCAGGACGAUCUUUACUGUGGUCGCACAAAGAUGAACAAAGACCUGCUGAGAACUGGAGACCUCAGUCUGACCCUGAAAUACCCCACAGAGAGAGACAGUGGAGGAUACAUCUGCACCAUCUACAGGGACAAAGAUAUCCUGAGACAGAAAGUAGUGCUGCAGGUCAAAGAACCAUUUUCAGCCUGGGCCACAGUUCUCCUGGUUCUCUUGGGCCUCCUGGUUCUUCUUGUGAUUUCUGGAGGUCUCAUAUAUUAUUUCCGGGACUAUUUCAUGUCAGAUUACAAGGUGAAGGUAAAUUCAAGGGUGGAUUCUGUCCUGCUGCCCUGCAAAGCCAGGGUUUGGCUGCCCAAAGGCGCUAUAGUGGAGUGGAAGGAGAAAUAUAACAGGAAGGCUUAUGUGUAUCAGAACGGUUCUAACCAGCCUGAAGAAACACACCCGGAUUUUAAAGCCAGGACCAAGAUAAGGAAAAACCUGCUGAAGAUCGGAGACUUCAGUCUGACCCUGAAAUACCCCACAAUCACAAACACCUACACCUGCACCAUCUAUGACCGGAAGGGAAACAUCCUGAUGGAGAAACACGUGAAGCUGAAUGUCAAAGUCCCCCAGGUAGAGGUGGAUUCAGGGGAGGAGUCUGUCCAGCUGUCCUGCAAAACCUCUUCAAAAUUUGACUUGCCUGACGAUGCUACUAUUGAGUGGACAAACAUGUACAACACAAAGGUCCAUGUGUAUGAGAACGGCUCUGACCAGCCUGAAGAACAGCACAAGAUAUACAGAGAACGAACUGAGAUGAACAAAGACCUGCUGAAAACUGGAGAAUUCACUCUGACCCUGAAAUACCCCACAGAUGGAAACACAGGUAUCUACACCUGCACCGUCUACAGCAGGGAGAGAAACAUCCUGCUGAAGAGAAAAGUGGAGCUUAAAGUCAGAGACUGUCUGGUGGAGGUGAAGGAGGGGGCGGAGUCUGUCGAGCUGCCCUUCAAAACCACAGGAAACCUGCCUGAAAAUGCCACAGUAGAGUGGGAAUACUGUGAACCUGAAUACAGGAAGGUCCACGUAUAUGAAAAAGGAUCUGACCAGCCUGGCAAAAAGGACAAGGAAUACAGGGACCGAACAUCAAUGAAUAAAGACCCUCUAAAAACUGGAGACCUCAGCCUGACCCUGCAAGAGCCCACAGAUGAAGACAGUGGGAGAUACAGAUGUGAAGUCAAGCAUGGCUGUCAAAUUCUCAGAACGAAAAUGCUGUUUCUCAAAGGGAGAGUUCAGGUCCAGGAUCAAACAGGGGACAUCAGGAACAGAAGCAGCUCCAUUGAUCCGACUCCUCUGAUGGCUGAUCAAUCAGUUUGAUCUGUGUGUUUGGUUAAGAGUGAAGUUACUGUGGAGCUUGUUGAUCAAUCAGAAGAUGAAGAAGAGUAUCAGGUUCACAGCUGAUCUGCAUGCUGGAAGUAUUUGGAAGAAAAACCUGGCUGACUGUUUGUGAAUGUUUAAAAACAAAUAGAAUUAUUCCACUGACUCAUCGAUUACUUAUUGGUUCCAGUGGUUGACAGACCUAUUAAUAGGAUUCAACUUCUGAGACCCUCAAUUAGAUAAGUGCAAGAAAAUGGACGGAUGGUUUUUCAACAUAAAAGCCUUUAACAGACGUUAUGGAGGUGCUGCUCUUUGCUUCAGGUGUUGAACUUCCACCUGGAUGAGACUUGAGAACUCCAGCAGUGUGAUGGGAAAUUUGAAGGCUGUGUUCAGCUGAUGUUUGAGAAACAAAAGCUUCAUAUUUAGAUAUUUUAUCUCCAUGUAAUCAGUCAGCAAGUUGUAUUUUAUUAUACAGCAGACAGAGAACUGUAUUUGGUGUUAGUUCAGUUUUCCAGAUGAAUUUAUCUAUUCUCACUUAAAGUCACUGAAGCUUGUCUAAGAGCAAAACAUGAGACCAUGCUGAUUUAUUGAUUUUAUAAAUGGAGGCCAUCUCUGUGAUCAUUUACACUGAAACCCUCUUAACUAAAACAUUUACAGAAAUAGUUGUCAGUAGAUUUGUUCUUAAACUUGGAGAUUCUUCAGAAUCAGUCAUCUUCCUU